GCAUUGAGCACUGCUGUAGGAGCAGUAGCCCCCACGUUAGCCCUGGGUGCCUCUGCACUCAGCCUACCUCAUCUGCAGCCCACUCGUGUCCCUAGGCGAUGGGUAAGGCUCCUGUUUGGACGUGAAUUCCCUCUUCAGGAUCUUCUGGUUGUCUGGGAUGCUCUGUUUGCUGACAGUAUCACCCUGAAUUUAGUUGACUACAUUUUUGUAGCCAUGUUGUUGUAUAUCAGAGAUGCCUUGAUUUCAAGUAAUUAUCAGACCUGUUUGGGACUUCUUAUGCAUUAUCCACCUAUUGGAGAUGUUCACUCCCUUAUCCUAAGAGCACUUUUUCUCCGAGAUCCAAAGAGAAAUCCAAGACCAGUGACUCACCAGUUCCAACAAAAUUUAGAUUAUUACAAAGCUCGUGGAGCAGACUUGAUGAACAAAACCCGUGCCAGUGCUAAAGCUGCCCCUCUGAACAUCAACAAAGUCUCCAACAGCUUACUGAAUUUUGGGCGAAAGCUCAUUGCUCCGGCCAUGGCUUCAGGUGGGGCAGUGGGCGCUCCUGCCGGCGGGAGCAGCUUCCCUCCCUCUUCAAUGCCAAGCAGGAGCACGGUGGAAGCCCCUCAGCACCAGCAGCACCAGCAGCACCACCACCACCAUCACCAGACACAGCAGCAGAGGAUGAUGAAGUCUGAAAGCAUGCCAGUUCAGCUGGGCAAAGGCCAAAGUUCAAAAAACAUCAGUUCAUCUCCAAGCAUAGAGAGCUUGUCUGGAGGACGUGAAUUUACAGGAUCUCCACCUUUGUCUGCAUCAAAAAAGGAUUCCUUUUUCAGCACCAUCUCCCGCUCGCGUUCCCAAAGCAAAACUAUGAGCAGAAAAGAGUCGGAGGAGGAAUUAGAGGCCCAGAUUUCAUUCCUACAAGGACAGCUAAACGAUUUGGAAGCUAUGUGCAAAUACUGUGCAAAGAUGAUGAACACGCAUCUUGGAAAUAUUCAGGAAGUCAUUUUGCAAGAACGCUUGGAAAAAGAAGAUGAAAUUCUGGUUUCCUUGGCUGGUUUGAAGCAGAUCAAGGAUAUCCUGAAAGGUUCAUUGCGUUUCAACCAGAGCCAGCUGGAAGCUGAAGAAAAUGAGCAAAUCACUAUUGCUGAUGAUCAUUACUGUUCCAAUAAUCAGAACAAGGGAGCAGGUGAUGUCCUAAAGGGACCUGUCAUGACCAAGCAACAGUUCAUCUCAGGACAACAGACUACGACUGAUUCGAGCACUAGUGAGAGCAAGAGUGCUGAUGACUAUAUCAUGGUUUCCAAAGAAGAGGAAAGAAGUAAAAGUGCUGUUCCAGAGCCAGUGCAGGUCCCUCAGACACACAAGGAGGCAGCAGUGAAGCCAGAAGCUCCAUCUCGUUCUUCUUUGGUAUUUUCUGACCCUCUGAUGGGUUCCAUUUCAGCCUCAUCCAGCAACCUGAGCUCCAGCCCUGAUGACGACAGUAGUAAUAACAGCAAAGAUUCUGACUUUGCUAUUGUCAGCCCACUGGACAUCUAAAGAAACAGGCUGGGAGAGUCUGGGAAAUCUGUCAUUACAACUCAGCUCUAAUUUCUGUGAUUCCACAGGGUGGAUAUUUCUUUGGAUUACGAGGACAGAAAAAUAGAUAAAGGUAACCCAUUUCAGCUGCCAAAAGCCUAAAUUAAAAUAAAAAGGCAAACAAACAAAAAAAACCACAUAAAUUUGCUACUUUUAAAAAAUAAUAUAUACAUUUUA